AUGGUUGAAGUUAAGUUGAACAGUCAAGUUGCAACUUUAUACUAUGUUCAGAAAAGACCUUAUUGUGAUUUAUUCUUGAAACAAGUUUCAAAAUGGUACAAUUUAGUUAUUUUCACUGCAAGUGUUAAAGAAUAUGCAGAUCCAGUUAUUGAUUAUCUUGAAUCUGAAAAAAAAUAUUUCCAAAAUAGAUAUUAUAGAGAUCAUUGUACAUUAAGAGAUGGGCAAGGCUAUAUUAAAGAUUUAUCAAGUGUUGAUAAGAAUCUUAACAAUGUUAUAAUUAUUGAUAACUCUCCAAUAAGUUAUGCACUUCAUGAAAAUAAUGCAAUAAUUGUGGAAGGUUGGAUUAAUGAUCCUAGUGAUAGUGAUUUACUGAAUUUGAUUCCUUUAUUGAAUGGAUUAAGAUAUACAACGGAUGUGAGAUCUAUUUUAGGAUUGAAAAAUGGAGAAAUUGCAUUAGAGAAAUGA